CCCCUUUGCUAGGGCUUUGGUUUUUCUUUGUGUUGUUCUUUAUUGCCUCCGGAGUACAUGUGUUGUGGAACUAGAGAAAUCUUGACAACAAAGACAAAGCCAGGUGGACAAGAACAAGGGGAGAUCAACUGAAGCAUUUUGAAGAGAUCCAGCUAAUAAUAAUACAGCUUGCCAGUUGACACACACUUUGUGUUUGGUGGAGAUAUGUAUAACGGGAUCGGACUGACGACGCCCCGAGGCUCCGGCACUAGCGGCUACGUGCAGAGGAACUUUGCGGCCAUCAAACCGCGCAAAGAAAAGAUUGAGUACAAGACAGGCGAGGACCUUGCCCGACUAGAGCGGACUCUGCACCGGGAGCCCAACAAGGAGAUCUUGGAGCACUCGUGGAAGAGAAGCAUUGAGCUCAAGUGUGUCGUGUUGCAGGAGGAGCUGGAGGAAAAGGGCGGCUACUCCGAGGCUGAGAUACAAGAGAAGGUUGCUAACCUGCGGACUAGCCUACUGGGUAAUGGCUACCAGAGUGUGGGGGGCAGCACCAAUGAUACACAUCAGUGUGCCGAGGCUAACCUCAAGAAGAACAAAGAGUUGAGGAGAGCAUUCGGUAUACGGGAGAACUAUGUUGAUGGCAGCUCCUUCAGUGUGAUGGGGAAACCAGAGGAAGCCCCUGAGGCUGCGCCUGAGAAGGUGGAGGAAUCUGCCCCAGAGGUUAGUCGGAAGAGGAAGCCCGAGGCCAGCCCCUCUCCUGAUUUGUCCAGUGAUACCGAGUCCUCGUCCAGUGAGGAGGAACAAAGAAAGAAAAGAAGAAAGCACAAAUCCUCUCACAAGAAGAGUAAGAAAUCUCGAAAGCACAAGAAAGCAAGGAGACAUGAAGCUACUAGCUCUGAUGAGGAUGAAGAAAUAUCGACAAAGCACUCCAAGAAACAUAAGAAAAAUAAGGAGAGUAAAAAACGCAAGAGACGCAGGAGAUCGCCUUCGUCUAGUCUAUCGUCAGAAUCUGGCGAGGCCUCUCCGUUUCCACAACGAAAACACUCACCCCCACAAGAGCGCCAUGACUCCUCUUCAGAGCACGAGGAUUCACCACCAGUAAUAAAGAUGCAACCUUCACCCUCUCCACCACAAAGAAGAAGAAACUUUCCCUCACCCCCGCCACGCAGGAGAAGGGACUCUCCCUCACCACCUCCACGCGGGAGAAGGGACUCCCCCUCACCACCUCCACGCAGGAGAAAGAACUCCCCCUUACAACCUCCACGCAGGAGAAAGGACUCCCCUUCACCACCUCCACGCAGGAGAAGGGACUCCCCCUCACCACCUCCACGCAGGAGAAGGGACUCCCCUUCACCACCUCCACGCAGGAGAAGGGACUCCCCUUCACCACCUCCACGCAGGAGAAGGGACUCCCCCUCACCUCCUCCACACAUGACUAAAGACUCCCCCUCACCACCUCCACACAAAAGAAGGGAAUUCCCUUCACCACCUCCACGUAGAAGAAGGGAAUCUCCCUCACCACCUCCACGUAGAAGAAGGGGCUCCCCCUCACCUUCUCAACACAUAAAAAGAGACUCUCCCUCACCUCCUCCACGCAUGAGAAAGAACUUGCCCUCACCACCUCCACGUAGAAGAAGGGAAUCUCCCUCGCCACCUCCACGUAGAAGAAGGGAAUCCCCUUCACGUAGAAGAAGGGACUCCCCCUCACCUCCUCAACGCAUAAAAAGAGACUCUCCCUCACCUCCUCCACGCAUGAAAAAGAACUUGCCCUCACCACCUCCACGUAAAAGAAGGGAAUCCCCCUCACCACCUCCACGUAGAAGAAGGGACUCUCCCUCACCACCUCCACGCAGGAGAAGGGGCUCUUCCUCACCUCCACGCAUGAGAAAGAACUUGCCCUCACCACCUCCACGUAGAAGAAGGGACACCCCCUCACCACCUUCACGUAGGAGAAGGGACACCCCCUCACCUCCUCCACGCAGGAGAAGAGACACCCCCUCACCUCCUCCAAGGCAUGAAAAAUCUCUCCAGGAAGGACAACAGGGCCAGCGAAAAAGAAGUCACAGAUCUAUAACCCCUCCACAAAUAAUAUCCUCCAGUCGUAACAAAACUCGACAAUCCUCUUCUUCUGAGAGUAGCAAUGGGAGCUCAAACAGUGACAGUGAUCACUCGUCCCCAAAGAAAUUGGUACAAAAAAAACAAGUCUCAAGCUCUGACACAGAUUCAGAUGCCUCUUCUCCUCCACGAAAAAGACGUCAAUCUUCAGCUGAUAAAAGUCGGGAUUCAGCCGACAGUUCAUCUGCUCCGUCUGCCAGCCCCGAGCCUAGACGUCGUCGUGACUACAGUCCUGAGAUAAAAAGUCGUGAACGUAGAUAUCGACACGACUCCAGGUCACCUAGAAGGAGGAGUGGUCGCCGUGAUCGUUCCCGGGAGCGUGACCGAUCAUUUGACAGAUAUAGAAGACGUAGUAGCCCUGGUAGGAGGGACUAUUACCGUGGAGGUCGAUAAGUAAACUAACUGUGAAUGUGUAUUUUAUUAAUCUAUCAUUGUGUAUCUUAUAAUGUCCCUCCCACCUAUAUAAUCAUACGUUGUGUAUUUUGUUG